GAUCAGAAGAAGCGAGGUUUGGUUAGCACGCGACACAGUUGCGACGUUUGCUUCCGCACCACCUCUCCUCUUACACGUUGCGUGCGACUCUGCUGCUGGCGAGUCGCCGCACAUUGGCCUGGUUGUUUCGUCGGUCAAUCAUGCAAUUCGCCGGGCCAAGUCCGCACUCCUCCGCGUUCGCAUCGGCUCUACCUUACCUCCCAGAUCUCAUCCCACACAGAAAUGGCCCUACCGACAGCGGAGUUGAACGGCGAUCUACCCUCCUAUGCAUAGCGGCUGGGUGCAUGCAUACACAGUAUUAUUCGGCAGCCUUCUGGAAGGUCCACGUAUGGCCUUUAUGCACUGGUCGCACUCGCUACCCGCCUAUGUCCCCGCAAGGCUGCAUUCAAAGAGUCUGCUCAGCCUCGCUAUUGCUUGAGUCUCGUCCUUGGGAUGCGGUGCCAUGCUUCCGUGUGCAUAGCUCGUCCUGUGGGUAGACGGGUUGCAGGGGAUUUUCGUCGCUGAUACAUCCUCUACUACCCGCCGAUCAAUGUCCCCUAUCGUCUCACAACGCUACUCGUAUCUGGG